AUGUCGAGCCAACUAGUUAAUCAAGUAGAGCUAAUUUUACCUCAUAUUCCAUUAACUUUGAUUUCUCAAGGAGCAGAAGCUCUAGUAUUCGAAACUAAUGUACAUCCAUAUAUUUCUGAACCUUACUUGAGUAAUAAGAGAAAGUUUGUUAUUAAAUAUCGUCCCCCCAAAGAAUAUAGACAUCCUAAAAUCGAUGCUGCUAUAACUAAAAACAGAACUAUCGGAGAAGUUAGGUUCAUGCAUAAACUCACUAAAUUGAACAUUGGAUCACCCUCUCUCAUUCUGGUUGACUUUGUACAUGGAUUGAUAUGGAUGGAGUAUUUAGGACAUGCACUAGAGAAUAGCGAACCAAGUUCUUUUAAAAAUUGGUUGUGGUAUCUAGAACAGAACUUUGAUUCAGAGAAAUGUAUUGGCUUAGAAGCUGAGACAACUUGCAAAGAGGUUGGAAAAUUAAUAGGAAAGUUGCAUUUAAAUGAUAUGAUUCAUGGUGAUCUUACCUCAUCUAAUAUAAUGUUGACAAGAACUGAACCGUGUUUAAUCGAUUUUGGCUUAUCGUCAUACUCGGGUCUUCCUGAAGAUAAGGCUGUGGAUCUUUAUGUUCUUGAAAGAGCUAUUUUAAGCACACAUUCCAGAUUUGCUAGUGAAUAUAACGCAUGGCUUUUGGAAGGAUAUGAAUCUAUACAUAAAGACAAGAAAUAUCAGAAAUUUGGUGUGAAGAAAUUGAACGAGACAUUGAAUAGAUUACAUGAUGUGAGACUAAGAGGACGAAAAAGAAGUAUGAUAGGUUGA